AUGGUCCUCCUCGCCGUCGGGACCUUCAACACGCCCGAGCUCUGCACGGUCCGCUUCGAUCCGACCAGCCACCGCCUCGAGCUCGUCUCGACCUCGGACGUCGUCGGAAAGCACUCGUGGCUCUCGACGGCCGUCAUUCGCCCCUCGGCCAGCCGCGCCCUCGUAGGGUCCGCCGAGCCGCCCACCCACCUCUACGCCACCUGCUGGACCGAGCCGCCCAGCGUCGCCGCCUAUCGCAUCCGCAAGGAGCCCGGGCACCGCGGCCCUAGCGACGCCGCGGGGUUUGAGCUGCUCAACACCGCACCGACGGCCGCGCGUUCCGGCUACGUCACCAUCGGCCAGCCCGCCAAUCACCCGCACCCGGUCCUCUACACCAUCAGCGGGCCCGGCGGCGAGGUGAUUGGCAUCGACGCCGAGACGGGCGCAUUCGAUGCCCACGGCCGCAAGCACGCCAAAGUCAUCCCCGACAGCGGAGGACGCAUCCAGGAGCUCGACUGCGUCGCGGGCCGCUGCUCUCGACCCGGACGGACGCUCAAGGACGACGCGGCAGGGGCCCACCACGACAGCGGCGUCACGGGUAGCGGCGGUGGCGCGAACGCCAUGCCCAAGCUCGACGGCAGUGGCGGCAAGAACAACGGCGACUUUGGAGGCCUGCGACACGGAGCCCACGGAGUGGACCUCUCGGUCGAUGGGCGCGUAGCCUUUGUGCCCGACAUUGGGCGCAACUGCAUCUGGGUCUACGACGUCGACCCCGACGACGGUACGCUGUCGCUGGCGCAGAAGUACGCCCUGAGCCGUGCUAACGAUGGGCCGCGGCACACGAUCGCGCACCCGGGCGGCCGGUACCUGUACUGCCUGCAGGAGCACAGCUCGUAUGUCGACGUCUUCGAGAUCUUUCCUGCGGGCCACGGCGGGGAUGGCAGGGGCACGCGGAUCGAGUGGCGGCAGGGCGUGCGCAUCAUCCCGCGCAGCGAGGACGAGACCCUCUACUGGGCCGACGAGGUGCGCGUCUCUGCGCCCACCGACGACGGCAGCCGCCCGUUCCUGUACGCAUCGACGCGCGGCCUGGCAAAGGGGACGCGCGGAUGGGUAGCCGUGUUCCAGCUGGACCGAGACGGUGCCAUCGUCGCGCCCGCAUCGCUGCAGGCCGACGAGGUCGAGGUCGACGUCGAGGCGCGCGAGGAGGGUUGGAGCGUGGCAAUGUGGCAGACGCCUACGUCUGGCGGGUGGGCGGACGCCAUCGAGCCGGCGCCCACGAUGCUCGUCGACGGCAGCGGGCGACCACAGCACUAUGCCGCGCUGACCGACAGCGAAGAGGGCGUGCUGCGCAUCCUUGAGCUCGUCUCGCCCGCCGGUGGGCCAUGCCGGAUCGAAGAAGUGGCCACGCUGGACCUGGGCCGCAGCGCCGCGGGCGAGCUCAGAGAGGCCGCCACGGCCGUCUGGCUCGGCUGA